AUGACUAGCGUUGAUAAAGAACUUUAGGAAGUUGACUUUGAGAAUACAAGCAAAUAACUUAAAACAAUAAUACCAACAACUUCAAAUAUAAUUUAGAGCAGCAAUAAAGCUGAAUUAGAUGAUUUGGAAAACAGGGAGGGCUUAGAGCCAAAUUUGAUUAAAAAGAGGAAAAUAAAUGAUAUAUAAAAUGAUUUGAGGAGUAAAGCAUAGAAUAGAAUUAGAGAUAUAAAUCCAGAAAGUAUUCUUGAGCACCUAAGAAAUAUAGCAACUUAUGGUGAGAAAUGUCAGUUAAACGAUGAAAGCGAAAAAGCCUUAGAAUAAAUCCUCGAAUAUAAACAAAAUGCUCAAGGCUUAGUCAUCAAUGAAGAGCUUUUUUAGGCAUCAAAGGAAGGACAUGAGCUAACUCCUGCUAUUUUCACUAAAAAAACAAAUGUUACUGCUCGCAUGAGUAAAAAUAUGCAUACUUGGAUGAUUGGCUUCGAAAAUUAUCUCAGCAUGGUGGCUUAAUUGUAUUAUAAAAAGAAUUUUAAUAUCCGCGAAAUUCUAAUGAUUCCAGGCGAAAACAGAGACACAGUAGUGCAAAACUCUCUUAAUCUCUCUUCAAAUGGUGAAAAAAAGAAGCGAGGACGCAAAAACACUUCCAAAGCAUCCACAAAUUAAAAGGAAAACUUCUCUAGCAGCACGAACGAUGAAUCAAGCAGCAAAAAGCCAGCUUCUGGAAAUCAAAAUAAUUCAAAUCAUCAUGGGAGAAGAGGGCGCCCUUCUGCAAACCAAGAAGAGAAGAAGAACGAAUAACAACAAUAUAAUUUUUCUAAAGAAGAGAUACAAUUAUCCAUCCUUGACUAGCUAAUAAAUCCGCUAAAAACUGACUAUCCUUUUGAACUCUGGAGCCCUAAAGAAAUAGCUAUCUUUGAGUGCGCUAUGUGUAAAUUUGGGAAAUAAUUUGGAUUUAUCUCUGCAUUAAUAGGAACUAAAACACAUAGAGAUGUAUUCGAGUUUUACUUAAUGUGGAAAGGGACAUCUCAUUAUAAAAUAUGGAAAAUGCAUAAAAAUAUAGGAAAUAGAAAUAAUCACUCACAUUUAAUUUGA